AUGUUGAACGCGGCCCUUCGUGCUGCGCGCCCCGCUGCGCUCGUCGCGCGCUCCGCUGCCAGGCGCUCCGCUGCCAGGCCCGCCGCCCGCCUGCCCGCGCGCGCGCUCUCCACCACCGCGCUCCGCGCGUCCGACCACGGCCCCAAGCCGCCGAGCCUCUUCGGCCCCGGUGGAAAGCCCGGUGAGGUGCCCACCGACGAGGAGCAAGCCACCGGUCUCGAGCGCCUGCAGCUGCUCGGUGAGCUCGAGGGCGUUGACGUCUUCGACAUGGACGAGGUCUUGGACUCGAGCCGCCUCGGCACGCUCGCGGACCCGGUCAAGGUCCCGUCCUUGGCUCCCGCUCGCCUGAUCGGCUGCACCGGUGUCCCCGCCGACUCGCACGAUGUCAUCUGGAUGAACCUCGAGCACGACAAAGUUCGUCGUUGCGGCGAGUGCGGCUCCGUCUAUGCACUCGACUACAAGGGCGACCCGGAGGCCCUCCACGGCGAACACGCCCACCACUAG